UCGGCUCGGGGCUCGGCUCGGGGCUCGGCUCGGCUCAGGGCUCGGCUCGGGGCUCGGCUCAGGGCUCGGCUCGAGGAUGGAGAUGAAGAAGCGGCUGACGCUGGAGCUGCGCAACAAGAAACCGAGCGAGGUGAAGGAGCUGGUUCUGGAUAACUGCCGUUCGGACGAUGGGAAGAUCGUGGGUCUCUCCUCAGACUUUGAGAACCUGGAGUUCCUCAGCAUGAUCAACAUUAACCUGCUGUCCGUCUCCAACCUCCCCAAGCUCAACAAGCUACGGAAGCUGGAGCUGAGUGAUAACAGGAUUUCUGGUGGCCUUGAAGUUCUAGCAGAGAGAACUCCUAACCUGACACACUUGAAUCUAAGCGGCAACAAGAUCAAAGACAUCAAUACCCUGGAGCCCUUGAAAAAGUUGCCAAACCUCCAUAGUCUGGACCUCUUCAACUGUGAGGUGACGAUGCUCAUCAACUACCGGGAGAGCGUGUUCACCCUCCUGCCCCAGCUCACCUACCUAGACGGGUAUGAUGCUGAUGAUCAGGAAGCCCCUGACUCAGACCCUGAAGCAGAUGGGGAUGCACUGGAAGAUGAGUAUGAGAAUGGGGAAGAAGGUGAGGGUGAGGAAGAGGAGGAUGCUGAUGAGGAAGAUGAUUUGGAUGAAGAAGUCAUCGAUGAUGAAGAAGAUGAAGAUGAUGAUCUGGAAGGUGAAGAGGAGGAGGAUGGAGUAGAUGAUGAGGUGAGACUUUCUGUCUUUGGUUUGUGGUUGACAGUGUGUUUGUUCCUUAACCUGGUGACCCAUCUGACCAGGCACUUUGGGUGGAUCUGGGAGAGCUGCUGCAUGCUCCCUUUUCCCAUACCCCUUUUGACUUGUUGUGUACAGAGUGUGUCAGGUCAGACCCAUUUAUUGCUCAGCCUGGUACUUCCAUGGCUUCCAGGGACAGAGCUGUAUAGACCCUUUGUAGGGAUGUUGGAAGCUGGUCAGGCUCCGGUAGCUCCUCACUGCUUGGCUUGUACAUGACCCCUUGAGGCUCCAGUAGGGCUGGAGCAGAGCAGAAGGAAGAUGGUGCUGUGGAAUUACACCUUGCUGGUGGGACUGUGAUUCUUGCCACAAAGCUUCUUGUUUUGACUCCAGGAGGAAGAUGAGGAGGAAGAUGGUGAGGAUGAUGAAGAAGAUGAAGCCGAUGAUGACCUGCCACGAGGGGAAAAGAGAAAACGAAAUCUAGAGGAUGAAGGGGAGGAAGAUCCAGAGGAUGAAGAGGACGACGAGGAUGACUGAUCCCAGCAACCCGAUCCCUUUUACAGACUCUGACUGUGCUUGUCUUAACCUCCCCGUUGUGUCUAUGUGAGACUGUAAAACCCCAUCUCCUGCUCCUCCCCCUUUGUAUGGCUGCAGCGUCCACAAUAUAUUUUUUUAAGAUGUAGAAUCCUGUAGGCAUUCAGGGGAAUCUCCCACCCAAGGCUCACUCCUCACAGGUACCCAUGACCAAAGGCUUUCUCCGUUCUGUGGUUUGUGCAGCAGUUUGCAAAAACAAAACAAAAAAAACCCCAAAACCCCACAAAAAACACACACAAAAAAAGAAAACAUAACAAAAAAAACCCAGAAAAAAUGUAUUUCCUCCUCCUUGGGUAUCUUUUGUGUCUGAAAUCAGCUUUGCCACACUGGACCCAGAGCUCCAGCUCCCACCCUGCCCGACAGCAAAGAAGGCAUUUGCUUAUCCACAUGCCCUCAGAGCAGCUCUCUGAAGAUGCUUGAGCCACCUCGAGCAGUGAGUGCAGAUCUGGUUCAAUGGACUCCAACGCUCCCUGAGGUCUCUCUGGUCAGAAAUAGUGGUGAUGUGAUCUCGGGAGAUGCUUGAAGAUACUUUAGUGCUGGGGACGGGGGGUGCUCGGGGUCUUGGGAGAGGGGGGUGGCUGCUUGCAAGACCUGGUACCUCUGAUGAUGCAGUAGCCCUGCACUUGCUUUCCUAUUGGUUUCUUAUAAACUGGAAUCUUCUUCCCAGUGGCCACCCACUAACUUCCACUUGGAUGUCCAAAUAAGCCUGAUUUCCGUGUCUUUGCUUUGAUGAGGCCUCUCUUGUCACCCCUUAGCAGCCUCUGCCUUUAGGAAGAGAUAGGAAAGAGCUGGUGAAGGGAUACUGCACUUGUGUCAACCUCCAUUUCGCACUGUACAGAACACGUUCAACCAGUAUCACUGUGAUGCACCUAACUCGGCGUUCCCCGGGAGACCGUGUUAGCCUCGAUAUUCUCAGGGUCCUUCUGCUAGCCAGUACCAGCUCUGGACAGUUGCCUCAGCGCUAGCCUGGUGUACGCAUCCUCCUCUUCCUCCUCUUUUCUUUCUUAGCAUGAAGAGAAGUGCAUUGAUCAGAACCCAGCUCUCUCCCACUCGUGUUCAUGCUCUGACGGUGCUGCAGAGCAGCGUGUCCCGCACCCCACGAUGGCUGGAAGGAGGAAGCAGGGAUGAGCCACGUGUAGCUCCUCUAUGGAGGGUUCCUCACCCUUUGCCCACCUUUUCUCUGCCUGGAGGUGUUCACAUCCAUGAGCUCCACUGGCCCCGUGGCACCCAAGGGAUGGUAACUGGGUGCCGCUGAGCUGCUCCUCAUGGAUGCACCGGCACUUUGCGGCAUUCCCGGUGGGCAACCUGCAGGCACCCAGAGGGGAGACUCGGCAGCAGUUCCUGCAGAGGAGUGGAGUGCGUUGCAGCACAUCCCAGUUCCUGUUGCUUUGCUCUGGUCUUGCUGUCGUCUCGUGUUGUACAGUAGCUGUAACCAUUCGGAGCAGAGUUAGUCCUGUAAAAUGCAAACUGAGUAACUUAUAAAUGUUAAAGGAUUUUUUUUUAAGGGAAAAAAAGAGAAAAAAAGGAAAUGUCAGAGCAGCAGUUACUUCUAAUUAAUUUUUUUUCCUUGCAUUUUUAGCAGAUUGUAUGGAUUUUAUAUUAGCCUAGUGACUGUCAGGCUGCGAUUGGUCAGGUUUGUCCCAGGAGUAAGGAUCUCCAGCCCCUUUUGUAUCUUUUGUUACCAAAAUUUGGAUAAAUCUUUUAAUAAAGACUUCAGUUUUUACAAACCCAUCGCAAU